CUGCCCCCGGCCGAGCGCCUACGUGGCAGCGAUCCGGUGCUGCGCGCUCGGGCCCUGGUGGCCUUCCAGCGGGGCGAGUACGCCGAGCUCUACCGGCUGCUGGAGAGCCGCCCCUUCCCCGCCGCCCACCACGCCUUUCUGCAGGACCUCUACCUGCGCGCGCGCUACCACGAGGCCGAGCGGGCCCGCGGCCGCGCGCUGGGCGCGGUGGACAAGUACCGUCUGCGCAAGAAGUUCCCGCUGCCCAAGACCAUAUGGGACGGCGAGGAGACCGUCUACUGCUUCAAGGAGCGCUCCCGCGCCGCGCUCAAGGCCUGCUAUCGCGGCAACCGCUACCCUACGCCGGACGAGAAGCGCCGCCUGGCCACGCUCACCGGCCUCUCGCUCACGCAGGUCAGCAACUGGUUCAAGAACCGGCGACAGCGCGAUCGGACCGGGGGCGGCGGCGGCGCGCCUUGCAAGAGCGAGUCUGACGGGAACCCCACCACCGAGGACGAGUCCAGCCGCAGUCCGGAGGACCUGGAGAGGGGGGUGGCUCCAGUGGCCGUGGAGACCCCCGCCCAGGGCUCUAUAUUUCUGGCCGGGGCCACCCCUCCCGCGCCCUGCCCUGCCUCCUCCUCCAUCCUGGUGAACGGGAGCUUCCUGGCUGCUGGCAGCUCUCCCGCGGUGCUCCUCAACGGCAGCCCCGUCAUCAUCAACAGCCUGGCCCUCGGGGAGGCCUCCAGCCUGGGCCCCCUGCUGCUCACGGGUGGCAGUGGCGCUCCUCCCCCGCAGCCCGGGCCACAGGGGGCCAGCGAAGGCAAGACCUCCCUGGUCCUGGACCCUCAGACCGGGGAGGUUCGACUAGAGGAGGCUCAGCCCGAGGCUGCCGAGACCAAGGAGGCCCAGGUGGCUGCUUCAGGGCUGGCGGGAGAGGAGACUGCGGGGCCUCUGCCCCAAGUGGUGCCCGGCCCUCCACCGGCUGCCCCCUUUCCUCUGCCCCCAGGACCGAUGCCGUCCGUGGCAGCUCCCCAGGUGGUGCCACUUUCCCCACCCCCUGGGUACCCCGCAGGCCUGGGCCCCACGUCCCCGCUGUUGAACCUGCCCCAGGUGGUGCCCACCUCCCAGGUGGUGACCCUGCCGCAGGCGGUGGGGCCGCUGCAGCUGCUGGCGGCUGGGCCAGGCAGCCCUGUGAAGGUGGCCGCGGCCGCAGGCCCCGCCAACGUGCACCUGAUAAACUCCGGGGUGGGCAUGACUGCCCUGCAGCUGCCCUCGGCCACCACCCCAGGAAACUUUCUCCUGGCCAACCCCGUGUCCGGCAGCCCCAUUGUGACAGGUGUGGCCGUGCAGCAGGGCAAGAUCAUCCUCACGGCCACCUUCCCCACCAGCAUGCUGGUCUCCCAGGUCCUGCCGCCUGCCCCCAGCCUGGCCCUGCCCCUGAAGCCAGACCCGGCCGUCUCAGUGCCCGAAGGAGCCCUCCCGGUGGCCCCCAGCCCUGCUCUCCCGGACGUCCAUGCCCUAGGCCCACUCUCUGCACCGCAGCCACCGCCCGUCUCUGCUGCCACCAGUGCUGCCGCCACCGCCACCACCGCCGCCAGCCUGCCCUUCUCCCCGGAUUCCUCCGGUCUCAUACCCGGCUUCCCGGCGCCCCCGCCAGAGGCGCUCAUGCUGUCGCCCGCAGCCAUGCCCAUCUGGCCAGCGGGACUGGAACUGAGUGUGGGCCCAGAAGGGCUGCUGGAAGCUGAGAAGGGGCUGGGGACGCAGGCCCCCCAUACGGUGCUGAGGCUGCCAGACCCCAACCCCGAGGGGCUGCUCCUGGGGUCCACGGCAGGCGGCGAGGUUGACGAGGGGCUGGAAGCUGAGCCCAAGGUUCUGACCCAGCUACAGUCGGUGCCUGUGGAAGAUCCCCUGGAACUGUGACCCCCGCCGGGGUCUCGUCGCCUCUGCUGCCCAUGGUGCUCCAGAUCCAGGGCUGCCCGAGACAAGGGGGCUGCCCAGACACAACCGCCGCGAGCCGAAGUUCCACACGCUACGUCCACCGCCCCCACUCGGGCCACGUAACCUCUCCAAGCCCUGGAGGUUCCGGGGGGCUUGCCCCUGUCCACUCCUGCCCAGGGACACCGUCCUCUGGAUUGGCGGCCUCCUCUGUUACAGCCCUCUCCUUGCUCUGUGCCCCAAAUAAAUGGGGAGGUUUGGGGGUCCUGACUGGGGGGGCUCUGCCACCCUCGACCUGGUACUAGCUGUGAGCUGAACGCCCUGCCACGUGGCUGGAUUUCCAACCCUGUGAGCCCUGUCCCUGUCACUCCCUAAAACACUAUUAAUAGCUCCGCGGACAUCCAGUGUUCUCAGAACCACUUGGAGUCGGAGGGCGGAGGACAGGCCAUCCUGUGCCCCAGACCGACGGACCCUCCCGGCUGGGCCCUUCCUGCUGAAAAGGGAGGCAGGUGCUGGGAAGCCUGGGUGAGGCUCCCCCGGGACUAGAGCCCUCUUUCUCACAUCCGGCCCCAGACCAAAGAUCCCCUCACCCCUGGGGCAACCCUGACCCCUGUGUCUAGUUUGUAUCAUAAAUCUUUAUUUUUCUAGGACAUGUUAUGCCUCCAUUUCAAUUAAAAUAAAGUUAACAGACAACUAGAACCUGCAGGGGU